AUGUUAAGAUUGGAAGGACGUGGAGACUUCAUAUCUCAAGCCACUUGCCAUGGAACUUAUGGCUGCUCUUUGCCAGCUGAAUUUCGUUGUGAGGAUUGUUUUGGCACCGAGCUAUACUGUCAGUCAUGCACCAUGGAGAGGCACCAUGAGCAUCCAUUGCACAGGAUUAAGUGCUGCUACAACCCAGCUGCUUGCCAGGAUUUCGUCAUACUCCACGUGAAUGGCAUUCAUGAAGUCAAUUUAGACUUCUGCGGGUGCGAGACCACUCAAAGUCCCACCACCCAGCUGCUUCACAUUCGAUGGUUCCCUGCAACAGUCCUAGAGCCGAAAACCACAGCAACAUUCAAGCUUCUUCGACAUUUUCACAUUCUCUCAUUUGAAUCUAAGACCUUAACGCGUCUUACUCACAAUAGAGGUGUGGUCAUUGUGAAAGAUCAUUAUGACGCUCUACUUCGAAUGAUACGGGAAUGGCGAAACAUUACUUUGCUCAAACACUUUGGAUGGGGACAUGAUCCUGCAGGUACUGGAGCAACAGAGCAAGGCUCAUGUGCUGUCUUGUGUCUGGCUUGUCCUCAGCCUGGUAAGAAUCUUCCUGAGAACUGGGAGAGUGCCCCGUCAGAAACUCGCUGGUUAUAUGCCUUGUUUCUCGCGAUUGAUGCCAACUUCCGUCUGGCAUGCAAGAAUGUUUCUUCAGAUCAAAUGGACCCUGGGCUCAACUGUGGCUGGGCAUACUUCGUGAAGGAACAACAAUACAAGACAUUUCUUACUGAUGUCGGGAGAUGUCCGCAGGAGAAAAGCACAUGCGCAAGCCAUAAUGCAGUCAACUUAGCGGAAACGAAAAACUCUCAGGGCCUGGCAGCCACUGGAGCAGGAACCGUUGACUGCUCGCGACACAAUUUCAAACGGCCCUGUGGUGUCGGUGACUUGCAAAAAGGCAAAAAGUACGUGAACAUGGAUUAUCUCUUCUUUUCGACCAUGCAACACACGGGGGAUAUUGCGGUCCUGAACAUAUCUUAUGACAUCACUUGUCAAUGGAGUAUGAAUUUGUGGCAGCGCAUGCAUCGAUACCCAUCUACGAUACAUCUCUGCCACCACGAUAACAAGACCAUCACAUUUCUUGUGCCAAAAUUCCAUCUUCCUGCGCACAUUGAAAUUUGCCAGAUUACUUACUCUCACAACCUCCUCAAAGGCAUGGGGCGGACAGAUGGAGAGGCACCUGAUCAUGGCUGGGCCAACAUCAAUCCAGUUGCUACGAGCACUCGCGAGAUGGGCCCAGGAUCACGCCGCGAUACUCUGGACAACCAUCAUCAGAAAAUCGGCGAGGGGAUGGUUUUCCUAGUUGUAUUUGGUAAUAUCAGAUCAGAAAUUCACGAGAUUACAUGCAAAAACAAAGGUAGAUAA